UGAAUGGCUUUAGAAAGUUGGAUGGUUUUGAAGUAAGAUGCUUUUAGACACAGUCCAACCCUGGUCUCUCUCCUGUGUGUCGCGCGAGUGUGGUUGAUUACCCUUCUUCGCUCUCCUUAAUUUCCCAAUACCCACUAUCCCACAUGGCCGAUUCGAAGGUGGAGACGAUUGCCAGAUUAGCCCAAUGGAAAAUCGACAACUUCGGACCCUGUUCCUACAAGAAAUCAGACCCCUUCAAGCUCGGAAUUUGGAACUGGUACAUAUCCAUUGAACGGAACAGGUACCUCUACAUACACAUCUUUCCAGAACCUUCCAGGGUUUCUAAGGAACAGCCACCUGUCGCUCGUUUCAUUCUCCGAGUCUCCAGUAACACCGGAUCUUCCCGCAAAUUUUACAUUUCCCCUGUUCAUGAAAGGGUGCUUAGGACAUGUGAUGACUUUGUUUGGCCUGUUGAUACUACAUUCCUUGGUCGCUUCAUUAUUGAUGUUGAAUUUCUUGACCUGAAGACCUGCCCCGCCAAUGGCGGAGAAGCCAGGUCUGUAUGGCCAUCUGAUGGAAAACUGCAAACUGUUGCAGCUCAAAGUGCUCUUCGAUGCCUGUCUCGCAUGCUUGAUGAGGCUAUACAUGCUGACCUCACCAUUAUCACUGCAGAUGGUACCCUGAGGGCUCAUAAGGCAGUUUUGUCUGCCAGUUCUGCUGUAUUCCAUGGCUUGUAUAUUCACAAUGGUGAUGAAAAAGAGACGUCUACGAUCCACAUGGAAGAUAUGUCUCAAGAAUCCUGCAUGUCCCUUCUGAGUUACUUGUACGGAACUAUAAAACAAGAAGAUUUCUGGAACCACAGGCUUGCAUUGCUUGGAGCGGCCAAUAAAUAUGAGAUCGGUGAUCUCAAAGAUGCCUGUGAGGAAAGCCUGCUGGAAGAUCUCAAUUUUGGAAAUGUUCUGGAGAGGCUAAAUGAUGCUUGGCUCUACCAGUUGCACAAGUUAAAGAAAGGAUGUUUCACAUACUUGUUCGAUUUUGGUAAGAUAUAUGAUGUUAGAGAAGAAAUCAACACCUUUUUCCGUCAUGCAGAUAGGGAGCUAAUGCUGGAGAUGUUUCAGGAAGUGCUUACAAUUUGGAAAUAGGUUGCCAUGGAACACUUGGCACUCUUGUAUCUUGCUAAUGAUGGAUCUUUUUGUAUAAUCCUGUUUUUGCUUUUUAGUACUAUGUAAUAUCAUGUAGAUAAUACCAAUCUACCCUCUUUAACAACCUAGUUGUUAAAAUGUCAAGUGAGGUGGUACAUUAUUCUGUAUAUAUUGGCAAGUUGAGUUUGAUGGUUUUUCUA